AUGGAGCAACGAAGAGCCUCUGGCGACCUUCACCAAGGAGAUGAAGAGUUCGGCACUCGUACCAUUGACGAAAAGACUCAUGAUUCAACUCACGUGGAGGAUGUGAAGGGACGAGAUGUCGGCCAGAUCUGUGGACUCACCGAGGCCGAGCAGAAGAAAGUCAUCCGUCGCAUCGAUAUUCGUCUACUUCCGAUUCUAGGCAUAAUGUACUCGAUUUCCCUCAUCGAUCGAACGAAUCUCGGCCUUGCCUUGGUUGCGGGCAUGCAGGAAGAUCUGGGGCUGGCUGUGGGAAAUAGAUACACUGUCAUUGUGAUGGUAUUCUUUGUUGCAUAUAUUCUCUUCGAAAUACCCAGUAAUCUCGUAUUGCCAAAGGCAGGACCCGCAAACUGGCUUUCGUUCCUCGGUGUAGGCUUUGGCGUGGUCCUGAUCGGAAUGGGCUUCACCAAGAGCUGGGGUGCUAUGGCAGUCUGUCGAGCUCUUUUGGGAAUAUUGGAAGCAGGCUUUCUACCAGGUUGCACCUAUUUGAUUACUUGCUGGUAUACACGCUUUGAAGUGGGGAAAAGACUUUCUGGUUUUUGGAUCCUUUCUGUCCUUGCUAGCGGUUUCUCUGCAAUCUUUGCAUAUGUCCUGACUCUUCUCCGUGGAAAGAGUGGACUGAACGGCUGGAGCUGGAUCUUCAUCAUCGAGGGCGCAAUUACCGUGGUUGUGUGUGCUCUGGGCUGGUUCAUCAUCAUCGACUUUCCGACACAGGCCGGCAAGUUCCUGAAGCCGGCGGAGCAAGAGUUCGUCAUUGCCCGUAUCAAUCAAGAUCGCGGCGAUGCCGAGGAGGACCACAUUAAUCUGGCCAAGAUUCUGCAUCACCUCAAGGACUGGAGGCUGUACUUUUGGGCGUUCAAUCUCAUGGCUUCGACACUUCCUGGAUACGCUUACUCCUACUUUCUCCCAAUUAUUCUUCGUAAUGGCAUGGGCUUCAGCAGCACCCAGGCGCAACUUCUUUCUGCGCCUCCCUACGUUCUAGCAGCGAUCGUGGCCUACAUCUCCGGCUAUCUUGGAGACAAGUACAAGAUUCGAGGGCCAAUCAUUGCAGUCCAUCAAGCUUUAACUGCUGUUGGCAUGUUGAUCACCGUAUACGGCAAAGCUAAUGGUGCUCGCUACUUUGGAGCUUUCCUUGGUAUUGGGUUUCUUCAGUUUUGCGUCCCUGGCGUGCUUACCUUCCAAGCAAACAACAUUACUUCACACUCAAAGCGCGCAGUCUCAAGCGCAACAUGUCUCAUUGGAGGCGGCCUGGGUGGCAUUAUCGCAAGCACAGCUUUCAUGUCCAAAGAAAGUCCUCACUACACUACCGGCAUUUGGACAACUUUCGCGAUCUCUAUGGUGAGCAUUACAAUGAUCAUCAUUAUGGAUGUCUACUUGUGGCGCUGCAAUAAAGCAGCAAAAGCAGGGCACCGCAGGAAUGAGGGCAUGGAAGGCUGGCUGUAUACGCUGUAA